AUGGCUGAUAUUAUUCGCAAAGUUGUUUCAAGUGCAGUUUUAGCUGUCAAUCGUACAUCAUGCAAAAGUAUUUGUCUAUUAUAUAAUAAUUCUGUUCGAACCGUAUUUACAAGUGCUGGUAUUGGUGUCGAUAAUUUUAAGCAUAGUAGAGAAACACAUGUAGCAUAUUAUGCACCAUCGAUUGAAGGAUUUAAAAAACGUUUUAUGGAAUCCAUCCAAAAUCCAGAAGCAAAAAUAUUCACUGAAGAUCUUCGAAAUAUGGUCUUGGCAGCAAGUACAGACGAUGAGAUUGAUGCUGUUAUUCAAGCACUAAGAAAAUACAAUUCUAGCAAGCAGUCGUUCAGCGAUUAUUCGUUUGGUUCACCUGUAAUGCGUUUACUCUAUAUUCAUAAUAAAACUGAUAAGGCCAUACAACUUUAUAUGGAUAAAAAUUUAGACGAAAUAUUUAAAGAUUCGGCAUCUGCUCUUGUGUUAAUGAAUAAAUUAGUUGAAGAAAAACGAUUUGAAGAUUGUAUUAGAGUAUUUGAACACGGUAUUAAACGAGGAUUUACUACACAAUCGGGAAAAACAUUUCCAAGAGAUGUUGUUAUGUUAGCCGUUGAAGCACUCUACAGACAAAACACUAAAGAUUCGUUAGUAAAAGUAAAAGAUUUAUUGAAUAAAAUUUCUGGUCGCGAUGCAGAUUUGAAUGCUCGAACAAUAUCCAUGAUAGCUUUACUAGCUAUUCAGCAAGGCGAACCUGAUUUUGCUAUGGAAAUCAUUAGUUCGAUGAAACAACAAUUUGUGUCAACAAAUCAAAAUGUUCGAGCUAUAUGUCUCGCUGAUUUGGGUCGAGUCGAAGAAGCAAUAAAUCUCGUUCAAGUCAUUGCUUCAAAACCAGCAGCAAUGGCAGGACCGGAUGAUCGUCGUAGGAUAUUUCCAUUAACGAUGCGUCAUAUACGUUUAGCAGCAGAGAAAGCGAAAAAUCCCGAUCUGAUGAGUAAAUUUGAAGAUUUGUCGAAAUUUAUUUUAUCGAAUCAACGUUUGAGUCAAGUUGAUUUUCCCGAAUAUAUUAAUGAGCCUAUGCAACGUCGUUUCGCAUUUAACCGAUUACAAAUGUUUCCUCAACAAUCACAACAAAGACAGCAGUUUGGACAAGGAUCGUACAACUUUGGUAGAGGUUAUCAACAAAGACAAGAACACUUUGGCUCAGGGUAUGGCCAGCAAAGAGGAUUUGAUCGACAAACACAAUGGAAUAAUAAUCAGAGAACUGGAUUUGAACAACAAAACCAACAACGCGGAUUUGGAUUUAAUCGAGGUUAUGAGCCACGACAAGAAUUUGGAAGUGGAGGUUCUGGAUUUCAACGACAACAGGAGUAUAAAAUGACUAGUGGAAGCGAAGGUUAUAAACGAGAUAUAAGAGACAAUUACAAUCGUGGACCACCUCAACGACAAUAUUUCGAGCGUGAACAACGAUUCGAUGAUGAUAAUAGAGAAAGACGGAUGGGUACGGGAAUGAGUCAACGUUUAAACUCAACGUUUCAAACAGGUAGAAGUGGCUUUCGACAACCAUCGCAAACUGAUACAAGUGAACAAGACCAAACACAGCGUAAUCCACUGAAUCAGUCAUUUAGUAAGGGGAUCGGACAAACAUCAAUGUCCACACCACCAGGCUUUCGUCCUAGUACAACUUCGCCAAUUCCUACUGCUCAAAAAACUGGUGUUUCAGCAAGUAAUCGACGUCCAAUUUUGGAUAACGAAACUGAUGUAGAUCACAAUGAUUCUGAUAAAUUUGAUUCAGAAUCAGCUGUCGAACAACGAGCAACGAAAAAAUCACAAGCCACUAAUGUCACGGCAGAAGAACUAAGAAUUAUGUCAAUUAUUCAUGAACCUAAUAUAAGGACAAAAACAGCCACUUUUUCUCUUGGCUGUUUUUGGUCACCUGAUGCACGAUUUGGCGCUAUACCCGGCGUUGUUCGUGUUCGUGUGGGAUACACAGGUGGUCCAACGCCAGAUCCAACGUAUCAUCAUUUAGGUGAUCAUAUCGAAAGUGUUCAAAUCGAUUAUAAUUCUGAAAUUAUUGACUAUAAGACUUUACUUGAUUUGUUUUGGCAAUGGCAUGAUGCUACAUCGUUUCAUCAACGUCAGUAUAUGUCAGCUAUUUUCUAUCAUGAUGAAGAACAAAAGCGUUUAGCUGAACAAACAAGGAACGAACGUCAAAAACUAUUUAAACGACCCAUUGUUACUGAAAUAAUACCUUACGAUAAAUUUUAUUUGGCUGAGGAUUAUCAUCAGAAAUAUCAUUUGCGUAGUAAACAUCCAUCAUUUUUCCAAAGUUUACAUUUGACAGAUGAACAAGAAAUUACGUCUCAUGUGCCAACAAAAUUAAAUGGAUAUUUGUCUGGCUAUGGUAUAAUAGAAAACUUCGAAAAUGAAGUGUCACAGUUUAAACUGAAUGGCGAACAAAUAAAAUAUGUUCGAGAUCACAUGAAAAGUGACAAUAGCAAACAUGAAUAUUAA